CCUUUUCUUCUUCUUUCUUUGGAUUUGUGAGUCCGGCGCCGCUCGAGCCCCGGGCCCUCAGGCUCAGGUACGAGCAGCAGCACUGCGGCUUCUGAUACUGUCGGCACAGGAAGCAUUGAACUGGUGCUCAACUUGAAAAAAACUAAAAGGAGCGAGCCAGAGAGAGCGCGAGCGCAGCGCGCGACAUCCUCCCCCUCCUCCUCCUCCUCCUCCUCUUAGGCGCGCGAAGCCGCAACCCGUCCUGCACACACUCUGGUCUCGCGCUGCCGAGAUGCUGCUGCUCGUCCUCGUGCUCCUGUCCGCUGUGUCCCUCGGCGGCUGCAGCUCGCGCUCCAUCAAAAAGGUGGGCUGUCUGAUUAUCAAUCUUCAGUAUAUAAACUGCACUUGGGACCCUUGGAGCCAGCGGUUUAACUACUCCUUCCACAGCAAGUUUGGGAAGGAAAAGAACUAUAGUGAAUGUCCAUGGUACCUGUGGAUGGACAGGUACACCGUAGGUUGCCAAAUGCCAUAUACCCUAGGCAGAAGGUUUGACAAGCUGCAUAUCAGACUGUCCCAUGGUAACAUCAGCAUGCAGGAGAUCCAUGACCUCCGACAAGAGGUGAAGCUGGACACUCCUCACAACCUGUCUGUGGAGUUCAAGAACAGCACUGGGCUGUGGUUCUCCUGGAGCACAAUUGAGCUAAAAAACUGUAUAGAGAGUGUGGUGCGCUACAAGAAGGACGCUCACUCGUGGAUGGACUCCUUACCGACUCAGUCGAACUACUUCAAUGUUCCACUUCCCUCUGAAUACAGUAUGUACACAUUCCAAGUGAAGGUGCACAUCAGUAGUCUUUGUAGCUCGUCCAACUUCUGGAGUGACUGGAGCUCGCCGGUAUCCUGGGGCCCGGUAAAGAGUUACGAUUCAGAAACUCCUGAGAUUCCCAGCAUCUCCCAGGUGUUGAUAUACUCUGUGUUAGGUGGCAUGAUCCUCUUUGCGUUGGCUUGUGUGCUGAUUCAGUACGAGAGAUUAAAGGUCAUCUUCAUUCCAGCAGUACCCAAUCCUGGCAAAAAUCUGGAAGACCUCUUCCUUACCUAUAAUGGAAAUGUUGAGGAAUGGCUUCACAUCUCCAAAGAGUUCGCGGAUGGCUUCAAGCCCAACUUCUCCGAGUCUGUCUGUCCCGUUCGAGAGUACCGCCUCCUUCCGCAGGAGUCGGAAAGCAGCUCUGAGUGUUCCCUUCACAACCUGACAGACCUGUCCGACUGCCUGUCAACUUCCUGCUUCAGUUCUACGUCCACGCUCCCUGUGCCGCUGGAAGACACACCUCCGGCUUCAGUGUAAUCCCCCCCACGCUCGACUCGAUCAACAGAUUUGCUUAAAUCUCUGCGGAGGAGCAUUUCGCGUGUAACUUAAAGGUACGGUUUACGGAGCCCUGCCAGCACGAUAGUGGGAGUCAGAGCAGUCAGAAAUGUAUGGCGUGACUGGUAUGUGCAGAAAGUGCAGGCGAUGAGUGAUAUUAAUGAAACAUGCAGGGCCGUUCUGCGGGCGGCGGAAGUUUGGAACCGUCCCGACUGUGUUUCCUUGCAGCUGCUUUAAUGGGGUUUGUGCUAACGUCAGAUAUUCUUCAUAUUUUGAAAGCAUUCUGUGCUGCCACACUCCCUGUCUGGGUUAAGUACAUUAAUCAGUUAUACACUGCUUCUCUCUCAAGAAUGUAUGUACCAUUAUAGAUGGCUCUAAGAAAGAUCCAUGCAGACUGAAACGUUUCAGUCUUUGAGCAUAAAAUUACGCUGGAAUCAUUUUCAGAAAAGCAAUUUUCAGAUGUCGAUUUGGUAAUUUAUUUAUGCAGUUUCAUUGAGAUAAAUAUAAUGUAGCUACAUCUUGUUUCCAAAACAACUAUAAAAGGGCAAUAUCUUUGCUUU